AUGCCAUCCGAGAUGCUCGGUACAGAAUCUACCUUGUUUUUCGAUACGGAGGAGACUGUCAGAACCCUAGGAAUCUGUUGGGAACCCGCUCAAGAUAGUUUCCGUUUCGAUAUUAACUCGAACAUUUCCAACCAAAUGGCAACCAAACGGAAUAUCCUUUCCAAAAUAGCCCAACUGUACGAUCCACUUGGACUAAUGGCGCCGGUUGUUAUUGAGGCCAAAAUUUUAAUGCAACAGCUCUGGACACUUUCUUUGGAUUGGGACGCACCAGUUCCAAUUGAAAUCGAACAUAAAUGGGAGAGAUUUUGUCGUCAGCUACCAAAACUUUCCAUGUUAUGUAUUAGGCGGUGUGCUUUUGGAACCUCCCUCAUGACUUCGGAACUGCAUACCUUUGCUGACGCAUCGGAAGCUGCUUAUGGAGCCUGUGUUUACGUCCGGUCAAUAUCUGAAGAUGGAUCCGUAGAUGUUAAUCUCCUGGCAGCUAAAUCCCGAGUAGCACCAUUAAAACGCAUUACUCUUCCGAGGCUUGAGUUAUGUGCAGCAUUAUUGGGCGCCCGCCUAUACGAAAAGGUCCAAUCAGCGUUGAAUAUACCCAUAAAAUCUUCAUAUUUCUGGUCAGAUUCAACCGUGGUGUUGCAGUGGUUAAAAUCACCUCCUCAUGCUUGGAAAACAUUUGUGGCAAAUCGGACCUCUGAAAUCCAAUCCAUCACACACGGUUCAAAAUGGUUGCACGUUGCAGGGGCAGAGAAUCCUGCAGAUUUAGCAUCUAGAGGAUUGUCAGCAGAGGCACUUGUAGAAAAUAUGCUAUGGUUUCACGGUGCCAAGUGGUUAGCAGGAGAUAUGCUAGAAUGGCCGUUUCAAAUUGCAAAUGAUGCGGCAGUUGAUGAAGAGCUAGAACGUAGACCUAUUGUUCUUUCCAUUCAAACCGCUCCAAUAAUCAAUCCACUGUUCACCAGAUUUUCUUCGUACAACAAGCUUGUGUCGGUGGUGGCCUACUGCCUCCGUUUUAUCUACAACGCCCAACGUAAAAACGGUAGAAUUUAUGACAGCGUAUUAUCUGUGAAUGAACUAAACGCGGCAAGAAAAGCUUUGGUAAAAAUGGUUCAAGCGGACAUGUUCGCUAACGAUUUACAACUGCUGAAGAAUGGAGUCUCAGUAUCCAAACAAUCCAGUUUAAAGCUCCUAAACCCGUUUUUGGAUACCGAUGGUGUGAUUCGUGUUGGUGGUCGGCUAAGGUUAUCCAAAGAGCGAUACUCGGUCAAACAUCCGAUGGUGUUACCUGGAUUUCACCCGUUCACAAAAUGUCUUAUCGCCUUUUAUCAUCAAACUGUUCUUCAUGGAGGAAUAAGUCUCACUCUCGCCGUCAUUCGAGAUAAAUUCUGGCCUUUGCAGGGUCAACGUGCUCUCCCUAGCGCUCGUGUCACUCCAAGCCGACCGUUUUCCCAUGUGGGAAUAGAUUACUGUGGACCAGUUUACAUCAAAUCCCUGCAACGAAAGUGCACGCUAAUUAAAGCCUACAUAGCUAUAUUCGUGUGCUUCAGCACUAAGGCGGUGCAUAUAGAACUCGUCGGAGAUUUAUCAACUGCGGCUUUUAUUUCUGCUGUACGCCGGUUUAUAUCAAGGCGAGGAAAACCUGAACAUAUAUACUCGGAUAAUGCUAAAAAUUUUGUUGGUGCUGCUAAUGAGCUCCAUCGACUCUAUAAAAUGCUCCAACCCGGUCCAGAUGCUGAUCAAAUUGCUUCCACCCUCGCCAAAAAUGAAAUCCAAUGGCAUUUGAUUCCCCCAAAGGCCCCCAACUUCGGUGGACUUUGGGAGGCUGCUGUUAAGGUUGCAAAGAAACAUUUAUUACGUCAAGUUGGUACCGCUUCUCUUACUUAUGAGGACAUGAUUACCGUCCUCACUCAAAUUGAGGCAUGUAUGAAUUCCCGACCGCUUGCUCCACUCACUGAAGAUCCUACCGAUCUCUCGGCUCUCACACCAGCGCAUUUUCUGGUUGGUACUUCUUUGCAAGCUCUCCCAGAUGUUGACGUCCGUGCUAUCCCUACGAACAGACUCGAUCGAUACCAACGCAUUCAAGAGAAAGUACAGCACUUUUGGCAUAGGUGGCGUACCGAAUAUUUGCGACAGUUGCUGCAGCAAACUUUAGCCAACCCGGAACCUACUCCCAUAAAUAUUGGCAGUGUUGUGCUUAUGCAGGACGAAUCAUCACCACCAUUACUAUGGCCUAUUGCUAGGGUUUUGGAGAUUCAACCUGGCAAGGAUAAUGUAACACGUGUGGUCACGCUUCGCACUUCGUCCGGGAUAUUUAAACGAGCGGUAUCGAAAAUCUGCCCGCUCCCAUUGGCAGGAGAAGUGGAAUUCGAGACUACCUCUAACUAG